UCCAUUGCGGUCACACUAGAUCUAUUCGCAAAACAUUGCAGUCGCAUUUUCAAUUGGAAUAAAAUGUUAUUUUAAUUACAAUUGGAAUAUAUACUAAUUAGUUUGCAAACAACAUUUCAAGCUUUCGAACUGCACUUGCUGUAGUUGUAGUUGUUGUUGUUGUAGCACCGGAUUCGCCUGAAAAACUCGCCCACCCCCAACUCCUAAUCGAAGAGCAGCAGCUGUGCACAGUGUCGAGUGUUACCACACCUCAAAAAUGGAUCGAAAGGCUGAGCUGGAGCGCAAAAAGGCCAAAUUGGCCGCACUGCGCGAGGAGAAGGAUCGCCGGCGCCGAGAAAAGGAGAUCAAGGACAUGGAAGAGGCAGCCGGUCGCAUUGGCACCGGCACCGGCAUCGACAAGGACCAACGCAAAGAUCUAGAUGAGAUGCUUUCGUCGCUAGGCGUUGCGCCCGUUUCGGAAGUGUUGUCCUCGCUGUCUUCAGCCAAUUCGCUAACUUCGGAUAAUUCCAACACACAAACGCCCGAUGUUAGCUUGCAAGCCAAUGUGAAUGGACAAGGCGCCGGCAAGAAACAACCUUUGAAUCUGAGCGUAUACAAUGUGCAGGCCACAAACAUUCCACCAAAGGAGACGCUCGUCUAUACGAAACAAACACAGACCACAAGCACCGGCGGACAUGAACGUGAUGUUCUUUCUUGCCACUCAUCGCCUCUGUCAGGAUAUAUGGAGGAUUGGUGGCGUCCACGUAAAGGUAUUAAACAUAGUCUUAAGCAGCCAAAACAAUUUAGACCACAGCACACAAUACAUAAUGCUCAUGCAACGGAUUAUUAUGAUGAAUACAAUCUUAAUCCGGGUUUAGAGUGGGAGGAUGAAUUCACAGUGCUUGCAUUUGAUGCCCAAGGAGAUGACGAAGAGAGCUCGCUGCCACAUCUGGAUCAUGGCUUUAGUUCCAAGCUGCCACCUGGCUACCUCACUCACGGUCUGCCCACGGUGAAGGAUGUGGCUCCAGCCAUAACACCCCUCGAACAGAAGAAGGAACAGGAAGAGAAGAAGGAGGUCAAGGAACUAUCGGAGGAGCAAAAGCAAAUGAUCAUCUUAUCGGAGGAUUUUCAAAGGUUCGUAUUGCGUGCAGGUCGUAUCAUAGAGCGUGCUCUCUCGGAGAAUGUGGACAUAUACACCGAUUAUAUUGGCUGCGGCGAUAAUGAGGAGGCCAACGAUGAACGGUCGCAUGCUCGUCUCUCGCUGAAUCGCGUCUUUUACGAUGAGCGCUGGUCCAAGAAUCGCUGCAUCACCAGCAUGGAUUGGUCCACCCACUUUCCGGAACUGGUUGUUGCCUCCUAUCACAACAACGAGGAGAGUCCCAACGAGCCGGACGGUGUCGUUAUGGUCUGGAACACAAAGUUCAAGAAGCAAACGCCCGAAGAUGUUUUCCAUUGUCAGAGCGCCGUGAUGUCCACCUGCUUUGCCAAAUUCAAUCCCAAUCUAAUUCUCGGCGGCACAUAUUCCGGUCAGAUUGUGCUCUGGGAUAAUCGUGUGCAGAAACGUACGCCCAUACAGCGUACACCCUUGAGUGCAGCUGCCCACACACAUCCUGUUUACUGUCUGCAAAUGGUUGGCACACAAAAUGCUCACAAUGUCAUCUCCAUAUCAUCGGAUGGCAAAUUGUGUUCGUGGUCCUUGGAUAUGUUGUCGCAGCCGCAGGAUACGUUGGAGCUGCAACAGCGCCAGUCAAAGGCGAUCGCAAUCACAUGCAUGGCCUUCCCGGCCAACGAGAUCAACAGCCUGGUCAUGGGCAGUGAGGAUGGCUAUGUCUAUUCGGCAUCUAGGCACGGAUUGCGCUCGGGCGUCAAUGAGGUGUUUGAAAGACAUUUGGGUCCCAUAACGGGCAUCUCGACACAUUAUAAUCAAUCAUCGCCCGAUUUUGGGCAUCUGUUUUUGACCUCAUCAAUCGAUUGGACGAUCAAGCUGUGGUCGCUGAAGGACACAAAACCUUUGUAUUCAUUUGAGGAUAAUUCGGAUUAUGUGAUGGAUGUCGCCUGGUCGCCCGUUCAUCCCGCUUUAUUUGCUGCUGUCGAUGGUAGCGGUCGCCUUGAUUUAUGGAAUCUCAAUCAGGAUACCGAAGUACCAACAGCAUCAAUCGUCGUCGAUGGUGCGCCAGCGCUCAAUCGCGUCUCCUGGACGCCAUCGGGCCUCCACGUCACCAUCGGGGACGAGGCUGGCAAGCUCUAUGUCUACGAUGUGGCUGAGCACUUGGCGUUGCCAUCGCGCGAUGAAUGGUCGCGAUUCAAUGCGACACUCAAUGAGCUCAAAAUGAAUCAGAACGAUGAGGUCUAAGCACCAACAGCAACAACAACUAACCCAGGCAUUAGUUUAUAAUAAUGAUCAACAACAACAACACACACACACACACACACACACACAAAAAAGCGUUUCGUUUAUAUACAAACAAAAAAUCGUUAUUAUGCAUCGCCCAAGAAUGUUGGGGAAAUAUCUUAUUAAUAUGCUUUAUCAUAAUGCAAUUUAUUCUCCUUACCCCUUAAAUAUGAAAUAUUUAUUUAUACGCUUGAGUGUAUCGGAACUCAAGUAAAAUAUCAAGUUUUAUACCGAUUUCCACCCAUAUUCCACAAUUGCGAGCUUUAAACCUAAUCGUUGUUUAAACUCGCCUACAAGUGCAAAGUUCAUCAAAUGAAUUUACACUUGACUACAUAAUAUUCAAAUCAUAUUGCGAUUGCAUUACAUAUUUGAAACGAUUUUGAGUUUAUAUUACUACGACGAAACGUUUUGUUCUGAUUUUGGUAUUCAUUGUACUUUUUUUUGUAAUUUAUUUGAUAUACAUAUUAAUAAUAUGUUUAGAACUGA